AUGCCCGUCCGCAUCAAUCUACCGCCGCUGACCCGCGCCCUCCUGAUCCUUCUGUUACUCCUCUCUCUGCUCAAUGCCUCAUUCAGCGUGCGCAGUCUCAUCCGCGUCCAGGCCGUUCCUGCGCUGGCCAUCAUCCCUGCGCGGUCGCUGAAAUAUCCAUGGACCACACUUACCGCUGCUCUGGUCGAGACCAACCUCGUUAGUUUCGCCAUAUCUGCCAUCACCAUCUUCUACGGAGGUCGAUACCUUGAGCGCGCCUGGACUGGUCAAGAAUUCGCCAAGUUUGUCAUGUUUGUGACCAUGAUCCCAAAUCUCUUGACCUUUGCCAUUUAUGCCCUGUGGUACUCUGUCACCGGGACCGCUUUCCUCGUCGCUUUCAAGCAGCUCGUGCCUGAACACACCGUCUCCCUCUUCCGCGCCUCGAUCCGUAUCCGUGUCAAGCACUUCCCUGCUGUCUUUGUCUUGCUGAACAGUCUGUCUGGCCCGCUGCUGGGCACCGACACCGCUUUCUUCCUGUCGUGGUUGGGUUUUCUGACCUCCUGGAUCUACUUGCGCUUCUACAGAGUUGCACCUUUACUAGCCACAACUGCUACGGGCGAAGAGUCUGUCAUAAAGGGCGAUGCUAGCGAUACUUUCGCAUUCAGCCACUUCUUUCCCGACUCGGUUCAGGUCCUUCUCGAUCCCCUGGCCGAUUCGGUCUACAAGACAAUGGUGGCUUUCAGGCUAUGUGUGCCAUUCUCCGAGGAAGCCAUUGAUCAAAGCAACGAACAAGCUUCGGCACGAGCAGAAGGUGGACUGCCCAGCUUGAUGACCGGCGGAAGAGGAGGACGUGCUGGCGGUAGGCGAGAGGAAGCAGAGCGGAGAAGAGCACUUGCUUUGAAAGCCCUCGACCAGAGGUUGAAUGCUGCCGCGGCCGCGGCCGCUCCUGCCCCUGCUGAGACACCAUCAGCACCUGCAGCUGAGACAAGUACGAUGGAACCUACAACUGCUUAA